ACGGCCGCGACUUUGAUCAGCAAACUCACUGUUCAACAACGAUCACGUCUUUCUCAGUAUGUGUCAAUUACGAAACAAACAGUCCGAGACGCCAUUUCAAUCCUACAACAAUGCGAGUAGAACCCGUUGUUUGCGAUAAACCGUUUCGAGGAUGGCCAGUCCAAAGGAAAGAGUCCAUUUGAUGUCGAGAGCAGCUCAGAAACAGCGCCCAGUCUGUCGACGGAAAUUGAGGCUAUGCGGCUCGAAAACCUCACGCCGCCACCCAAUGUGUCGACAGCAACAGAGUCUGGGCAGUCGACUCGAAAUUUUCCUGGAGGUAGCCAGCGUACUGGUUCAUCAAUGAAACCGCCGCCGAAUGUCAGCGCUGCGUCCGCGGUCUCGCGUGUCUCUCAGUUCGCUACCGGUCUUCCUCCCCCACCAACGGCCUCACCAGGCCCCUCGAAUACCCCCAGGACUCACCCAACCACGUCUAAUUCUGAUUCACCAGGUCCAUCUACGAAAAAGCUGAGCGCGGAAGCCCUUGCUGGCACGAAGACUUGGAAGAAAAUGAAACCAUUGAGCCCACUGGAAGUUGUGGUGCGACCCUUACCAAGCGAUGUACUCCCCAAGCCCGAGGAGAAUGGGCUAUUGUUCUUCGGCGAGGAGAAGUUAUGGUAUCUCGGUUUCGUCGGGCGGUGGGCAGGCUUUCAGAGUCUUGUGAUGGAUUUCUACAACAGUCAGCUGUUCAGGAGCGCUUGCGACGAGAUAAAAGGCCACCCCAUUAUCCCACCUCGCAGCUCGGACCUCCUCGACGGUAGCCACGGAUCCCAACAGCUCGCCGACUUCUUCCAGCGCGAGGUGCUGGAAGUGGUGGUCGGGAUAUACAACAAGCUCCUCGAAACUAUGACCCUUCAGCAGUUGACUGUUCCAGACAGCGUAUCCCUUGGCCAGGCCACAGACGAGGAUCUGGGCAACGAGGACUUGGCGUGGAAUCCGAAGUUCGUGGUGAGAGCGAUGCCGAAAGAGGGUGACGACCAGACUCGACUCAUCGGGCAUGCAGAGUACCUCGGAGGAAGGCCUGGUGCAUUGUCGUGGGCUAUACAAGAGCAAGUGAAGAACUCGUGGGGAAGCCUGCGAUGCGUUCUAGGUGACAUCGCCCAAUGGAUGUUGAUGGAUAACAUCCGCUACGCCUUCCUCACCUGCAGCGACGAGGUCAUCUUCAUCAAAUUCGACAUCGUCGAGCGCGUUAAGUACGUGAACCGUGCUAGAGGCAAUGAAGCGGCGGACGUCGAUCAAGUCGACGUCUUGACAGAGCCAUGGCUCUACUACUCCGACCCUAUCAAGUUCACGGAUGUACUAAACGAGGCGGAGGGAAAGGUGCCGGUGAGGCUGGCGCUGCUGUCUUUGUUGCAUAUCGCUUCGACGACGGAGUGGCAUUUGCCGGCAAAUAUAGGGUCAGCACGUAAGUAACGUCUGCGUGCGGACUGCAUGAAAGGCACACGCUAACUUUGUAACUCGACUUUUAGUGAACUAUGCGGCGAAAACGAAAGCUGGAGAGAAGUGGAAGCCGGCGCCUCUCGACAUGUCGUUGUUUUCGUUGUGAGGAAUCGACGAAUGUCGGGGAUGGACAGGGUUUGUGUGAUAGCCCGACGGUUUGAGUAGGAUCUGCAGGUUAAUGACCUGAUAGACAGGUAUCUAUUUCAA